GAUGGAGGCGGCGGGGCCCCGGCGGAGGCGGAGCCCGAGCGCGGCCAUGGCGGGGUCCCUGACUCUCAUUGGUGGUACUGUGUCCUGUUUCUGGGAACCCCAUGCAACCCGAAGCCAGGCCUAGCGGGGCUCGAGCCCGCAGCAGUCAGUUCUUACCCCUGUGGUCAAAGUGCCCUGAGGGGGCAGGGGACACGGUGAUGUACGCCUCCACAGAGUGCAAGGCAGAGGUGACACCCUCCCAGGAUGGGAACCGUACUUUCAGCUACACCCUCGAGGACCACACCAAGCAGGCCUUCGGCAUCAUGAACGAACUUCGCCUUAGCCAGCAACUCUGUGACGUGACUCUGCAGGUCAAAUACGAGGACAUCCCAGCAGCCCAGUUCAUGGCUCACAAGGUGGUGUUGGCGUCCUCCAGCCCAGUGUUUAAGGCCAUGUUCACCAACGGGCUCCGGGAGCAAGGCAUGGAGGUUGUAUCCAUUGAGGGCAUUCACCCCAAGGUGAUGGAGCGCCUCAUUGAGUUUGCCUAUACUGCCUCCAUCUCCAUGGGCGAGAAGUGCGUGCUGCAUGUGAUGAACGGGGCCGUCAUGUACCAGAUUGACAGCGUGGUUCGUGCCUGCAGCGACUUCCUGGUGCAGCAGUUGGAUCCCAGCAAUGCCAUUGGCAUUGCCAACUUCGCUGAGCAGAUCGGCUGCAGCGAGCUGCACCAGCGUGCUAGGGAGUACAUCUGCAUGCAUUUUGGAGAGGUGGCCAAGCAAGAGGAGUUCUUCAACCUGUCCCACUGCCAGCUGGCCACGCUCAUCAGCCGGGAUGACCUGAACGUGCGCUGCGAGUCGGAGGUGUUCCAUGCCUGCAUCAACUGGGUCAAGUACGACUGUGAGCAGCGGCGCUUCUACGUGCAGGCGCUGCUGCGGGCUGUACGCUGCCACUCGCUCACCCCACACUUCCUGCAGAUGCAGCUGCAGAAAUGCGAGAUCUUGCAAUCUGACUCGCGUUGCAAGGACUACCUGGUGAAGAUCUUCCAGGAGUUGACCUUGCACAAGCCCACUCAGGUGAUGCCCUGCCGGGCCCCCAAGGUGGGUCGGCUCAUUUACACUGCAGGAGGCUACUUUCGACAGUCACUCAGUUACCUGGAGGCUUACAACCCCAGCAACGGAACAUGGCUACGCCUGGCCGAUUUGCAGGUGCCCAGGAGCGGCCUCGCAGGCUGUGUGGUGGGGGGUCUGCUGUACGCAGUGGGAGGCCGCAACAACUCCCCGGAUGGGAAUACCGACUCCAACGCGCUGGACUGCUACAACCCUAUGACCAACCAAUGGUCACCUUGUGCUUCCAUGAGUGUGCCCCGGAACCGGAUCGGAGUAGGGGUCAUAGAUGGCCACAUCUAUGCAGUUGGAGGCUCCCAUGGUUGCAUCCACCAUAGCAGCGUGGAGAGAUAUGAGCCAGAGCGGGAUGAGUGGCACCUGGUCUCCCCAAUGCUGACACGGAGGAUCGGAGUGGGCGUGGCGGUGCUUAACCGCCUGCUGUAUGCGGUUGGGGGCUUUGAUGGGACUAACCGGCUCAAUUCUGCAGAAUGUUACUAUCCUGAGAGGAAUGAGUGGCGGAUGAUCACACCAAUGAACACCAUCCGAAGUGGGGCAGGAGUUUGCGUGCUACACAACUGUAUCUAUGCAGCGGGGGGAUACGAUGGUCAGGACCAGCUCAGCAGCGUGGAGCGCUACGACGUGGAGAUGGAAACAUGGACUUUCGUAGCCCCAAUGAAGCACCGGCGGAGUGCCCUGGGGAUCACUGUGCACCAGGGGAGAAUCUAUGUCCUUGGAGGCUACGAUGGUCACACCUUCCUGGACAGUGUAGAAUGCUAUGACCCAGACACGGACACCUGGAGCGAGGUGACUCACAUGACAUCCGGCCGCAGUGGGGUGGGCGUCGCAGUCACCAUGGAACCCUGUAGAAAGCAAAUUGAUCAGCAGAGCUGUACCUGUUGAAAUGUUCCUGUUACUUGGGCAACGACAACAAAUAGGGAAAAAUGGUCCAUCCAGCGCACCGCUGUUUUUGUAAAAAAAAAAAAAAAAAGGAAAACAAAAAACCCCCACUGGGAUAAAAGAAGAGACCUCUGAACAAAUUCUCACCCUCCAGGAAGGGAGGCUGGGAUGCCUCUGUGUCCAAAUGACACCUUGAAAGUAGCCAAGAGCUGAAACCCCAUGAGGCCUCUUCUUCUUAGCCCCAGGAGCAACCAAGACAGCUUGCCCGGGAUGGAAGGACCCCCACUCUUGGAAGGGAGGACCCUAUAUGCACUGUCUGGGGAUGAGGCCACCAGCACCCUAACCUCCUUUUGGUGGGGUGGGGGCAAAAGCAGGUGCUGAAGUUACACUGUAUUUUCUUCACUCCCUGCAUCUUGGAGAUCAAUUUCAGAGGACAAGGGUAAGAGGGACCAAGUGAGCUAUCUCAGGAACUGUGGUCCCCCACGACAGGUCUGUACUGAGAAACCACCUGGUCUCUAAGCCCUGGAUAGUUAUUUUGUUAAGUAACCCUGUAACUUUCCCAUGGAAAUAAAGAAGAGUUUAACUAGUA